AUGACCGACUCCGAAAUCGAGAUGCAUUACACCCCGCCGACCUCGGACACCAUCCAGACGAAGCCGUUCCCGAUUCGAGGUGAACGGGCGAAUUUCGUGAACAAGCCUCAUGUGAUCGCGAUGGUCGGUCUGCCGGCUCGCGGCAAGACCUACAUAUCCAAGAAGCUAUGCCGAUACCUCAAUUGGAUCGGCAUCAACACGAAGGUCUUCAACCUGGGCGAGUACAGGCGGCACGCUACCACGGCCUAUCAGUGUCACGAGUUCUUCCGUCCUGACAACAUAAAGGCCAUGGCGAUACGCACGCAGUGCGCGAAGGACGCCCUGAACGAUGUCUGCCAGUGGCUGGAGAGCGGCGACGGCGAGGUGGCCGUCUUCGACGCCACAAACUCCACGGUCGAGAGACGCCAGCUCAUCCGCGACAUCGUCGUGUGCAAGAUGGGCUUCAACCUCUUCUUCGUCGAGUCCGUGUGCAACGACCCGGAGAUCGUCGAGCAGAACAUUAUGGAAGUGAAAGUCAGUAGUCCGGAUUACGCGAAUAUGAAGAAGGAGGAUGUGCUCGCGGACUUUAUGCUGCGAAUCGAGCACUAUCAGGAGCGGUAUCAGCCGCUGGACGAGGAGCGCGAGAGUGACCUGUCGUUCAUGAAAAUAUACAACACUGGCGAGAAGGUGCUGGUCCAUAAGCACGAAGGCCAUAUACAAAGUAGAAUAGUUUACUAUCUUAUGAACAUUCAUAUCGUGCCACGCACGAUUUACUUGACAAGGCACGGUGAGAGCCUGAUGAACCUCGAGGGCAGGAUAGGCGGCGAUUCGGACUUGAGCGAACGGGGUCAUGAAUAUGCCAAGGCAUUGGCAGAUUAUAUCAGUAGUCAGAACAUACAGGGUUUGAGAGUUUGGACUAGUUGGCUGAAGAGGACUAUUCAGACUGCAGCUGAUGUUAAGGCACCUCAGGAAAGGUGGAAGGCUCUCAAUGAAAUUGACGCCGGUAUUUGUGAAGAGAUGACUUAUGAAGAAAUCGCUUCGAAAUAUCCUACGGACUUUGCCGCGAGAGAUCAAAACAAGUUUUCGUAUCGUUAUCCGAGAGGAGAGAGUUACGAGGAUCUCGUUGCACGGCUGGAGCCUGUGAUAAUGGAGCUGGAACGUCAGGGUAAUGUUUUAGUCGUCAGUCAUCAAGCGGUGCUACGUUGUUUACUCGCUUAUUUCCUGGACAAGAGUGCAGACGAAUUACCAUACUUAGAGGUACCUUUGCAUACCAUCAUGAAAUUAACACCGGUCGCCUACGGUUGCAAGGUGGAGCACAUUCGACUACCGAUAGAAGCCGUGGACACUCAUCGGCCGAAACCAAAGAUCCCGGGAUAUCUGGAAGAGCGAUUCCGAGGAAAGGAUCAGGUGCUACGUACGUGAUAGCAACGAAUUUCGUAAAGAAUGGCGCAGCUAUUCCCUACCGUUGAUAUACCGAGACGCUGAAGCAGCGUAGAUUCGGCAUCUGGCUGCCGCCCGCCCCUUCUCGCGCGCGUCCGAGCCCCUUACUUCCUACACACGUGUCAAAAGCAAGCUAGAGACGAACGAAGCGCGAUCGGCAGAGUGUACCCUGUAUGAAACCUGUAGGCCCGAACGGGGGGAAGGAUUCUCUGCGACGACGCAGGUUUCAUAUGUGUUACGAUAUAUCACAUAUACACGUUACGCGCGUGUGUCUUGUGAUUUUUAUAUUUUUUGAUUGGCAUCUAGGUAGGUAGCGAGAAGAAAACGUAUGUGAUACAAGGAUGAUCGUCGACGAGAAGAGUCUGGUGAACGCGUCUGCACGCGUCUUUUAGAUGACUGAUGAUUUUUUUUCCUAGACAAGCGUCUGGACCCGCGCAUUCUCCGACCAGCGCGUGCUUUGAAGUAUUUGCUUCUUCUCUGCCGGAGAAAAGUAUCUCCUGAUAGACAAUACUUACGCGAUGCAUGUGCUUCUCAAAGCAAGAUCGUGUAUAUUCUAUAUUUUCGUUCGGCAGAUACUUCGAAGCGCUCGCUCGUGAAAUCUGGAAGCAGGUACAUGCUUCUUUUUACAUCCCUAUUUCAAACGUUAUCUCGGACUGUCUCCUUUUUUUUUAGAGCGAUUCCGAGGCGACUCCAAGUAUCGUAAAAUUGUGACGUUCGUAAUAAUACUCGACUACAUAAAGGUAUCGGGACAUAGUACAAUACUUUAGAUUCUGCGAUAAUAUUUCCAAUCAAGCUAACGAAUACGUUGCAAUUCAAGUCCAUUGUUUAACAUAUACGUUGCGAUCUUGUAUAUUAAGUAGCUGAAUUACGGAUUUCAAUUAUGAAUAUGUAUCUCGAUCGAUGAGAAACAUAUAAUAAAUAACACAUGCAAUUUUA